AUGUUGUUUACCGCUUCUACCCUAUUCCCUCUCUUCGUAGCUCUCCCGCUGGUUAUGGCAAGUACCCCUCCCGAGAACGUACAAGUGGACUCAAGGGAAGUCAAACGAGAUGAAGGAGUUUUCAGAAUUAUCCCAGAAGAUUACACUUCAUUCGAAUUUCCUGCCCCACACCAAGAUCUCAAUUGUAGAAGCAAUGACCCCGAGGGUUGUUAUCCCGAGUUGAAAUUCACGAAUGAAUGGAAAGAACAGGUAUUCGAUAUUAAAAAGUUCGCAUUGGAGGCUGGCAAUGCAGGAGCCGUUGAGGCGAUGGACGUUGAUUUUACCACGAGAAAACCCGUUGGACUUGUUCAGUGCACUGCCAGAGUCGACUCCCCUCCUACUGAAACGAUCAAAUUCAAACCGCAAGCUACCCCUCCUUUCCCACAGGAGUCGAAUAACGGUGUUGGCCAUCUCACUUGUGCCACCUCUGCACCCUAA